CGCCUGCUCCUCUUCACUGUGCCGUGUGAUAGGGCGGAGAAGCUGCCUGCAAACAGCUUGAAGAAAAACAUUUGCAUUCACAGAGAAGCCGGUGGUGAUUAUUUUAAGGGUGAAGGUGGUGAUGGGCAGCCGACGCCUUCACAAAUAUUCCCACAUCGCAUCGCUCCACCUCGAAUGAAUGCAGGAUAUCAGUUUGAAGCCGUGCUUAAAAAAGAAACUGCGUGCGGCGAAGGGAGGCGUUUACAGGCAUCAUUUCUGGAUUACACAUUUUCCCACUCUGAUCACUCCAAACGACGCAGCCGGUGUUCCUGCACAGACGGUCCGUGUAUCAGCUUCGUUUUUGCGGCUGUUGAGGAUACAUUUGUUGGAUUUUAUUGUUGUUAUUAUUGGGGAGCCAGCUGCUUCCAUCGGGUGCCGAGCAAACAGAGAUGGCGAAGGCAGACCAGCGUUUUGGCCAGCGGGACGGCUCUGACCAGAACUUUGACUACAUGUUCAAGCUGUUGAUCAUCGGCAACAGCAGUGUUGGGAAAACCUCCUUCCUGUUCCGCUACGCCGACGAUUCUUUCAGUAACUCUUUCGUCAGCACUGUUGGCAUCGACUUCAAGGUGAAGACUGUAUAUCGAAACGAAAAGAGGAUCAAGCUGCAGAUCUGGGACACGGCGGGUCAGGAGCGUUACCGCACCAUCACCACUGCCUACUACCGUGGCGCCAUGGGCUUUAUACUAAUGUAUGACAUAACCAAUGAGGAGUCCUUCAACGCCGUCCAGGACUGGGCGACCCAGAUUAAGACGUACUCAUGGGAUAAUGCCCAGGUGAUCAUGGUGGGUAACAAGUGUGACAUGGACGAGGAGAGAAUCAUACCUGCAGAGAAGGGAAAACACCUUGCAGACCAGUUAGGCUUUGAGUACUACGAGGCAAGCGCCAAGGAGAACAUCAAUGUGCAGCAGGUCUUCGAGCGCCUGGUGGACAUAAUCUGUGUAAAGAUGUCAGAGCGCGUGGACGUAGAGGUGCCGGCCGCUCCUGGCACCAAGACUACCAGACUGACUGACAAGCCCGCCCAGCUACCUCAGAAGUGCUGCUGAUCGUCCAUCCGUUCAUCCAUACAUCCCUCUGCUGUUGCCUUGUCUGCUUCCCCCCAUAAGCUUUUGAAAAAAGAAAAACACUACUUAAAUAUUAUAGCAUUCCUCAACUCACUCUCCCUGCUUCAAUACAUGUUUGUGAGCAAUCAAUAAUCACUAUGACUCCUGGGAUUUAUAUUACAAGUUUAAUCCUGUUCUUGUCCCCAAGGUUGGUCAAUCUUUGCAGGAGAAGGAGUGAGUGUAGCAGUUUGUUCCCAAUAAAAUUAAAUGUGGCAUUAGAAAAGUUUUAGAGCCAAGCUAGGUAACAGAAGAUGUUGUGCAAAUAGGAGAUUAAAAGCCUGCUCAGAAGAUAAAGAGUUAAAGUGUAUGUUACAUUUUUAGAUUUAAUUUGAGGGACAUGAAACGAUUUAUCCACUAUGGAAUGGGUUGUAGUCUGACAGAGGAGGAUGCAAUUAGGGAGAUAAUGUGACAAAACGACCACAAUUCCAUAGAGGUAAUGAGUAGACUCAUUUGAAAAUAUAAUUAAUUUACCUCCAGUUAUCUGACAUUGGUAAGUUCCAGUUGAAAGCACCAGUAAUUCUGGUUUUGUACAUUUUUGAGACAUACACCUGUCUAGUGCACACACUGCCUCAUAAUUGGUUGAGUGAAGUGCUUCAUUUUAGAUGCAUAAAAAAAGUGCACUGGUGAGCAGGGCUGAAAGCAGGGUCCAAAGGUAAGCACAGCACUGCCUCUCCUCUCAAAGUGUAGCACAACAAGAAACUCACCACCAAAACUGCUCAUGUUCACAAGUUUACAGGUCAUAGUCGUUCAUCCAAACAUUAUAUAAGAUAAGAUAAGAAAAGAAGGACCUUUAUUAAUCCCCGUGGGGAAAUUCAGUAGUUUAACAGCAACAGGGUAAGAUUGAAAAACAGGACAGCACAGAUUCACAAAGAUUAAUACAAUUAAGGAUAAAAUCAAAGAUACAAAUUAAAAAUGGUAAAUAACUAUAAAAUAAGAAAUGAAUUAAAUUGAACAUAUAUACAUAUUUGGUCAUGUGUACAUAUUAUUUACAUGUGUGUGUGUGAAAACAAUAUGUAUUUUAUGUGAGGCUGCUUUAAAGAUAGCUACUAGUAGUGAGUCCACACAAAUGCAAUAUGCCCAUAGCCUAACCAACUGUUUCUGGUCUUACUUUGCGCUGUUUUUGGCUUGAAAGACAAUUUAGGGAUACACCACCAAUGCAUAUUUCCGGGUCGGCCUGCAGCCCAAAUCAUUAGAGGACUCUGUAAAAUCUAAUGGUGCCCUGUGGGGUUUUUUAAAGCAAAAAGUAAAACAUGUCUAUAAAUUAUGCCUUGACCAAAUCUUCUACCUAGGUGGUCAGGAAGCCCAGAAUCUUUUUUUCUCAAGGAGCUUCAAAAUCUGCACAUUAUAAGACACAAACUACUUUCAGAUCCUAAUUACAGAUAAGACCAACCCCCUAGACAAAAUUAGUUCAUAGUUUUCUACUGUUUUCCAGAGGUAGCCUAAAUAGCACAAAAAGACAUUAAAAACCCAGAUGAGGUUGGGCACUGCAGCCAAUGGCACAAUCCAGCACCAUACUGAGUGUUAUAUACACAUGUGGGCAGGUACAUGGUUCUUUUUUCCCCCAUUAGCACAUAGACGGAAUUUUUUGUGUGUGAGAGAGCGGUGUGUAUGUGAUAUUAGAGCCGACAUCGUGGUGCAUAUGUUUAUCAUGGUAAUUAUUGAGUGUUCAUUUUUAAGGGUUUUUUGUGUUUGUAUACAGUGUCUUUGACGGAAGUGUGACAUUUUGAACAUGUCAUGUCAGCUGAGAUACAGUACGUGUUUGUUCACAAUGAAUUCCAUGAUAAAAGGGAAGACAAGAAGACAAAUAUUUGUGCAUUUAUUAUUAAAUAUUGAAGAUUGGAAAAAAUCAAUAGCCUGCCAAAUUAUUAUAUAGCUGCCACGUUUUGUGUGUAACUCCCUCCCAUGUGUCUUCAUAUUGAUAUGAAAAAAUAUAUAUAUAUAUAUUGACAUUGUCUUCAUAUGAUUCUUUUUUAAAGUGAAUUUGUAAAUGAUAGAUUUAGAAAUUAUAAUGGUGUUGAGUAUGAAUACAUUUUUUAUGCUGUGUAUACCAUGGACAAAAUAUAUAGAAAGUUAAUGUAAACUUGUUGUCUAACAAUUCCCUCCUGUACAGGGGAGAAGCACAAAGUGAUUGUACAAAAUAUUGUGAAUGUUUGUAUAUUAUAGAUGCAAUUUAGUAAAAUAAAAAUA